GCCGUUGCGAUCGGGGGCAGCCGAGGAUGUGACUGGACGCGUGGGUCACGUCACGCGUUGAUACCGCAAUCGGCGCGGCGGCGGGACGCGCCUCGACUCGAAGCAGCUCUCACAGGCGCCUGGCCCCUCCGCCUACUUCAGGUCGACAUGGCCUAUUCCUCUCUCGCCAACUGGGACGGCAGGGCCUCUUCGUCCCGACACUCAUCGCCCUCCCCACACACUUCCGCGGACGACAGCAACCCCUCGCUGGCGGCGCAGGCAGCGCAGAGCGGGCCCAGUACCAGUGCAGUUUCUGCGGAGCGUGUGUCCAAGUUGCGGCCUGGUGAAGAUCGUACAAGUUCGUUCGACAUGCCGCCAUCGCCAACGACCAACGAAGAGCGGGCUGUACCCGUGUCUGGGAGUCCUGAGCGUGCUGUCGACAAAAUGCUGUUUCUGCCAGAGUCAGCCUCGGAGCCGGAGCCAGUUCAGGCGGGGAUCGCGCUUCCUGCACAGGAGGUCGAUACGCGCGUAGCUGGCAGUGAGGUCACGGAUCAUUUGGUGCAGACGGCGGUGAAGUCAAGACCUUCGACUCCUCCAACUGCACAGUCCUCAACCCCUCUGCUUGAUAUGCAAGUACCUUCCGAGCCUUCCUCGAAGGGUUCAACUGCGGUUGAUCCCGAACCUUUGCAAUCAACACUCGAAGUGCCAUUGUCGGCGAUACCUUCUGAUGUGAAUUCAAAUACUACUGCAUUGUCAAAUUCGAAAACAAAUUCAGCUUCAUCUACUGCGCCUCCUGCUGGCUCUCUUGUGGUGUCUACAGACGCGCCUUCUGGAUCCUCGAAGUACAUCGAUGCUACGCGUACGGAAAGUUCACCUGGGAUUCACGACUCUACUCCUGCGCAAGAUGCAGACGUUGAGAUGGCUGAUAUCACUACCGAUGCGCCUGAUCGACAGUCUCAAGACAUGCCUUCCGACUCAGGAUCGAGCAGGUCGCGUCGCCGCGCCGUCCCACGGAUCGCAGCGGCAGCAGUGCUCAAUGCACUUGCUUCGCCACAAGCAGGCCCGUCUUCAGACCAGCUAGGCGUACGAUCGUCCGGCCCACCUCCUCGUCUAGGGAAUCUUGGACCAUCCGAAUCGUUCACAUCGUUCACGAGCUUCACACGGUUGGCAUCUAGGGGCAGCAGCACUAGCAGUCAUGGUAUCAAGAGGACCUUCUUCGAAUCGCCAAGUCCUGGCUCGACUAGCCGUGACUCGACAGCUCCGCCGCCUAGAAAGCAGCAGAAGCAAAGGCAUGCAUACGAGGCCGAAGCCGGCCCAUCCACGUUAUACCGUUCUAUCUCCCCCCCACCUUUCCAAACUCGAUCAACACAUCGCUCGUUGCAUGGUGGAACGAAGAACCGGCAACUUUGUUACGUUAAUGUGCCUCCUUUCCCACAGGGCGUCUCGCGCGAGGAGUAUUUCCCCAUGGAGUUGUACGUGCCCAUAGAGGUGAACGGGGGGAAGACCCCCAAGCGUAAGGCCAAGGAGCGCGCGGAACAAACGAUCAAGGUAGUCGCGAGCCUCGACCUCGCGGCGGAACUUCAGCUCCAGGCCGGCCCGCCUCCACCAGACUCAUCGAAGCGGAAGAGACCGAUGAAGAAGGAUACGUCCGUCGCGCGCAAUAGUAGUGAAGUGCGCACAGCUCAGCCUCCACCCCAACCGCGUAAACGGGCAGACCCCAAAGGCAAGGAAAAGGCGGUAUCACGAAUGAGCGAGUUGCGUGCGACGACGCAGCUACCCGAACCACCAAACUCCGUCCGGUACCCGUCGCUCCCGGCCACCCCACCGCCUCCCGACCCUUAUCACGACAAAUAUGCCAACUUCGCCCCGCCGAACGCGAACACCGCAAUUGUUCCCGCGGAUGGCUUCGCUCCGCUGGAGAUAGCAGGCGUCGAGGUCGACUACCCGGACGAGCUACCGCUGACCUCUCUGCUGCUGUGCGCUUCGCUGAGGCACAUCGCCCCUGGGCGCAGCGCGGAUUGGUGGCGUAGGCGGGCGCGAGAAGAGGAGGAGGUGAUGAAGCUGUGGAGGGAGCAGGUAGAGAGGGAGAAGCAGAAGCUGAUGACACCGUUCGGGCCCGGCCCUCAAAUUGGUUGGGCGUCCUCUUCUGCGUCUGCGUCCGCGUCGACGUCGAAGAAAGUGAAAGCCGAGCCUUCGACUUCGAAGGCGAACAUGAACGCAUCGGCUUCGUCAGCCCGCCGGAAACGGGAGGCAAAGGGCAAGGCUGCAUUGCGCAAACAAGCGGGCGCGAGCGCGAGCGGGGGGGUCCCUCCGCCGCAGCCAUCGCUACCUCCACCAUCACUACCCCCACAUGAUGGGAUAUCCUCCCCCGCUCCUGCCCCCGCCUCCGCCCGCUCCUCCAGGAUACGUCGGCCUUCCGCACGCGCACGCGCUUCCGCCGUCGAUGCUACAGAAUAACCUCGCCGACCCGCUUUCCUUGAGCGCGCCAAUGCGUGUCCAGAUCCAGCGGCGAGAGUCGGUCGCGCCGCGGGAAGAGGGGCGGGACUUGGAGGCGUUUUUUAUUUCGUUUGAUGAGCAUGCGCGCGGACGGGAGCAGAGGCAGGGGGGUAAGCAGGGAGGCGCGGCGAUGGGACUGCCCUUUGGUGGGCCUGAAGAAGAAAGCGGGCCGAUGGAGCUGUCCUUUCGAGAGGAUGGAGAAGCAAGCGGAAGCGGUGAGAUAGACUCGCUCUCCCGCGAGCGUGAGCGGGGAGAUGCGUCGACUGGCACGACUUUUGAAACACGUGAAGCGGCAAACGGAAUGAUUGCCAUGCCCUUCGGAGGGCCUGAGCGAGGAGACGCGGAGGUCGGCAUAUCGUUCGCAGAACAAGCAGCGGGGACAG